AUGACAGACAGACACAUCUUCCCCGACCACAAGACUCUCGUCUUCAGAUCCCUCAGGGGUCUCGUCGCCUCCCACCCCCACCUCUCCCUCAUCCCCUCCCUCAAGGUCGUCUACAGAGCAGACCAUGACCCCUCAAAAGUGUCCCUCAUCUGCGGAGGCGGCUCAGGACACGAGCCUGGCACAGUCGGCUUUGUUGGCCAGGGCUUGUUGACUGCGAGUGUGGCGGGCGACGUUUUCGCAAGCCCCAGCGCUAGACAGGUCACAGAGGCAAUCAAGAGGGUGAACAGCGACAAGGGAACGAUCCUCAUCAUCACCAACUACACUGGCGACAACCUCCAUUUCGGUCUCGCCAGGCUCAUGGCUCAAUCAGCUGGGCUCACCAACGUCGAAUUGGUGGUCGUCGGAGACGACGUUUCCGUUCCAAAGACAAGAGGAAAGUAUGUCGGAAGAAGGUGUCUGGCUGGUAUCACUCUUGUUUGCAAGAUACUCGGUGCUGCUUCUGAAGUCGACCUCCCUUUCCAAGACCAGGUGACACUGGGCCGAUCUGUGUCUACCAACACUGCUUCUAUUAGUAUGGCUCUCGACCACUGCCACGUGCCCGGAAGAUCUGGAGAUUGGCAUAUACCCGAAGGGCGUGUCGAGAUUGGGUUAGGUUUGCACAACGAGACUGGUGUAUUCAACAUUGCCCAGCCUCCUCCUGAUGUGCUCAUCAACCAGCUUUUGGACCUCUUGCUUAAGCAAGACGACCCCGAGCGAUCGUUUGUGGAGUUCCAGGAUGGGGACGAACUUGUCCUUCUGGUGAACAACAUGGGCGGUAUGAGCACAUUGGAAAUGGGAUCAGUCGUGGACGAGGUGCUUAUUCAGCUCGAAACCCGCAACAUCAUUCCCGUCCGUAUUUUGAACGGCCCCUUCAUGGGCUCAAUGAACAUGCCCGGUAUCUCCCUCUCCCUCCUCAAUCUCUCAAACGUUGCCGCCGAAAACAACUUUGUCUCUGUCCCCAAGCUCCUCGAGUUCCUUGACGCCCCUCACAACUCUGUCGCGUGGCCGGCAACUAGCCAGAUAUACCCUUUGCCCGAGCAUUUGAAGAAUCGGAAGAGGGAGGACAAGUUUAUAGACGUGGAAGAGGAAAAGAAGGAGGAGAACAUCGGUGGUCCAGAAUUGUUUGGCAACAAGGAGUUUAUCCAGAAGGCCAUGAAAUUUGCAGGAGACGAUGUCCUCGCCCUCGAGCCCAAGUUGACCAAAUGGGAUACCAUCGUCGGCGAUGGCGAUUGUGGCGAGACUUGUGCCCUCGGUGCCAAAGCCACUCUCCAAGCCCUCGAGAAUGGUCUUGGCUCCGACGGCGAAUUGAUCAAGUUUUUCCGAGUCUUGACCGAGGUCAUCGAUGGAUCCAUGGGCGGUACCCUCGGUGCCAUCUUUUCCAUCUUCCUUGCUGGCUUGACCACCGCUCUCAUUGAUGCUGCCGCCAGCUCAACUCCCGAAAUCACCCCGGCCUUCUUUGGGGACAUUACUUCCAAAGCUCUGGAAACGCUUUUUGAACGCACUGCCGCUAGAGUGGGGCACAGGACCGUCAUGGACGCUCUCAUCCCCUUUGGCGAGACAUUGGCGAAGGGCGGAGAUUUGAAGUCGGCUGUAGAGGCUUGUAGAAAAGGCGGAGAGAGCACGGUGGACUUGCAGGCCAAAUUGGGCAGGGCAACCUAUGUCGGCGAGGUGGAAGGAGAUAUGCCGCCUGAUCCUGGAGCGAUGGCUUUUGUGGCCGUAGCCGAAGGUAUCCUGAAGGCAUAUCAGAGUUAA